UGCCGAGCCUCUCCCGGCCCGGGCGCGGCGCUGACGCGGCUCUCCCAUUUCGCAGAGCGGAGACACUGAGGCACAGACACCUGGCGGCGACCUGCCCUGCCUGCCCCAAGGUCCAGCAGCAGGACAUGGAAAACCAACGCUCAUCACCUCUGUCAUUCUCGAGUGUCCCGCAAGAAGAAACCCUACAUCAGGCCCCAGCUGGACUCCCCAGAGAAACUCUACUCCCAUCCCAAAUUCUUCCCCCCAAAGAAAUUCCUUCUUUGUUGCCUACUGUUCCCCGGCAAGGCUCCCUGCCCCAAACUUCCAGUGCUCCCAAGCAAGAGACUUCUGGCCAGAUGCCGCAUACACCCCAGAAGGGACCGUCACUCCUGUAUCCUGCCACUUCUGAACAAGAGACGCAUCUCCAGGGCCACCUGGCUUCCCAGGAAGAGACCCAGUAUCCUGCUGACCAGGAAAUCUCCCUUCUCUCCCACUCUGCCCACCAUCAGGAAGCCCCACUCCACUCCCCUGAAGUUCCUGAGAAAGACCCCCUGACUCUUUCCCCCACAGUCCCUGAGGCUGACAUGGACCCCCUGCUCCAGAGCCCAGCUUCCCAAAAGGACAUCCCCUUCCAGGUCUCUUCUGCAGCCCAGAAGGAACAGUCACUGCCCACAGCAGAGAUCACCCGCUUGGCCGUGUGGGCUGCUGUCCAAGCUGUGGAGAGGAAACUGGAGGCCCAGGCCAUGAGGCUACUGACCCUGGAGGGCAGGACAGGGACAAAUGAAAAAAAGAUAGCCGACUGUGAGAAGACAGCCGUGGAAUUCGCAAACCAUCUGGAGAGCAAGUGGGUCGUGCUGGGGACCCUGCUGCAGGAGUAUGGGCUGCUACAGAGGCGGCUGGAGAACAUGGAGAACCUGCUGAAAAACAGAAAUUUCUGGAUCCUACGGCUGCCGCCAGGGAGCAAUGGAGAGGUUCCCAAGGUCCCUGUCACGUUUGAUGACGUCGCCGUCCAUUUCUCGGAGCAGGAGUGGGGAAACCUAUCUGAGUGGCAGAAGGAGCUCUACAAGAAUGUGAUGAGGGGCAACUAUGAGUCUCUGGUUUCCAUGGACUAUGCAAUUUCCAAGCCAGAUCUAAUGUCACAGAUGGAGCGCGGGGAGAGGCCAGCCAUGCAAGAGCAGGAGGACUCUGAGGAAGGCGAGACUCCCACAGACCCCAGCGCUGCACAUGAUGGCAUCGUGAUUAAGAUCGAGGUACAGACCAACGACGAGGGCUCAGAAAGCUUGGAGACACCAGAGCCCCUGAUGGGACAAGUGGAAGAACAUGGCUUUCAGGACUCGGAGCUGGGCGACCCCUGUGGAGAGCAGCCAGACCUGGACAUGCAGGAACAGGAGAACGCCCUGGAGGAGUCCACCGAGGGCUCAGGCGAGUUCAGCCAGCUCAAGCAGAUGCUGGUGCAGCAGAGGAACUGCACAGAGGGGAUCGUGAUAAAGACAGAGGAACAGGAAGAGGAGGAGGAAGAGGAGGACGACGAUGAACUGCCGCAGCACUUGCAGUCCCUUGGGCAGCUGUCCGGGAGGUAUGAGGCCAGUAUGUAUCAGACCCCGCUGCCUGGGGAGAUGUCCCCCGAAGGCGAGGAUAGCCCCCCACCCCUGCAGCUGGGAAACCCGGCCGUGAAGAGGCUGGCGCCCCCCACGCAUGCGCACUCGCACUCCCACUCGCACUCGCACUCGCACUCCCACGGAGAGCGUCACCUGAGCGAGAACCGCGGGGCCUCCAGCCAGCAGCAGCGGAACCGGCGCGGCGAGCGGCCCUUCACCUGCAUGGAGUGCGGCAAGAGCUUUCGGCUGAAGAUCAACCUCAUCAUCCACCAGCGCAACCACAUCAAGGAGGGGCCCUACGAGUGCGCCGAGUGCGAGAUCAGCUUCCGGCACAAGCAGCAGCUCACGCUGCACCAGCGCAUCCACCGCGUGCGCGGCGGCUACGCCUCGCCGGAGCGCGGGCCCGGCUUCAACCCCAAGCACGCGCUCAAGCCGCGCCCCAAGUCGCCCAGCUCAGGCAGCGGUGGCGGCCCCAAGCCCUACAAGUGCCCCGAGUGCGACAGCAGCUUCAGCCACAAAUCGAGUCUGACUAAGCACCAGAUCACGCAUACUGGCGAGCGGCCCUAUACGUGCCCUGAGUGCAAGAAGAGCUUCCGCCUGCACAUCAGCCUGGUCAUCCACCAGCGCGUGCACGCCGGCAAGCACGAGGUCUCCUUCAUCUGCAGCCUGUGCGGCAAGAGCUUCAGUCGCCCGUCGCACCUGCUGCGCCACCAGCGGACUCACACGGGCGAGCGGCCCUUCAAGUGCCCUGAGUGCGAGAAGAGCUUCAGCGAGAAGUCCAAGCUCACCAACCACUGCCGCGUGCACUCGCGCGAGCGGCCGCACGCCUGCCCCGAGUGCGGCAAGAGCUUCAUCCGCAAGCACCACCUGCUGGAGCACCGGCGCAUCCACACGGGCGAGCGGCCCUACCACUGUGCCGAGUGCGGCAAGCGCUUCACGCAGAAGCACCACCUGCUGGAGCACCAGCGCGCGCACACGGGCGAGCGGCCCUACCCCUGCACGCACUGCGCCAAGUGCUUCCGCUACAAGCAGUCGCUCAAGUACCACCUGCGGACCCACACGGGCGAGUGAGCGUGCGCCCCGCCGCCGCCCCUGCCAGGUGCGCGGGCCCAGCCCCCUCGGACACCUGCCUUGGCCGCGCCAGGCCCGAGCCCAUCGGGCGGGGGCGGGGCGCCCCGAGCCCUCUGCUGUGAGCCCCCCUUCCCCUUUCGUCCCUCCUCCCAAGGACGCUGGGUAGUGAGACCUGGUCGCUUGCUGCCUGUUCCCCCUGGGCCUCUGUGGGGAGAGUGUGGGCCUGGGGAACCCCUUCGGGCUGUUAAUUUCCUUGACAAUAAAAUGGAUGAAAUCAA